AUGAAUUUAUUAGACGAUUCUGAGGGAGACGUUAAUUUUACAAUAAAUAAAGCUUAUGCACAAAAAUAUGAAAAAUGGAGACAAGGAGAAGAACUUCAAAAAUUAAAAGACAAGUAUGGAGAUUGUCCACAGUCAGAUACAUCUAGUUCAGAAGAAGAAGAUGAAGAUGGAAGAGAGUUCACAGAAAAAAUGGAUAAAGAUUUUUUUAAAACUUUAUCCAGUUUAAAGGAAAAAAAUCCAAAAAUAUAUGAUAAAAAUAUUCAUUUUUUUGAUGCUAAUGACAGCCAAAAUCAAUCAACAAAAACAAAAAAAAAUGGUGAAUUUUGUUCAAUUGGAAAAUAUCAGAGAAAAAUUCUUUUAGAAAAUGAUGGAAAAUUUAGUGACGAUGAAGGUCUACGCAAGUUUUGGACAGAUCCCUCCUUAGAUAAAGGAGAACAAUUUUUAAGAGAUUACAUUUUGAAUAAAAGAUUUUUGGAAAAAAAUGAAGACAGAAUUCCAUCUUAUGAUGAGAUAGUACACGAUUCCGAUUCUGGUCUUUCAGCUGAUGAAAAUACACUAGAGCAACAAGAGGAAUUUGAAAGAAAAUACAACUUUCGAUUUGAAGAACCUGAUCAUGAAUUUGUAAAAAGAUUUCCCAGAACAUUAGAACAAUCGAUGAGGAAAAAAGAUGAAAGACGAAAAAAACAUAGAGAAAAAGUUAAAGAAAGAAAGGAAAGUGAAAAAGCGAAAAAAGCAGAAGACCUCAAAAGAUUAAAAUCUCUGAAAAAAAAAGAAAUCAUGGAUAAAAUAAAAAAAUUACAAGAAAUAACUGGUAAUGAAGACAUUUGCUUCGAGAGUAAAGAUUUGGAAGGUGAUUUUAAUCCUGAUGAACAUGACAAGAGAAUGUCAGAAUUAUUUAAUUCUGAAUACUAUAGUUCAUGUGCUGAUGAAACUAGGCCAGAGUUUCCUGAACUUGAUGAAGAAUUAGAAAUUGAAAAUUGGGACGAAUGGAAUGGGGAACAAAAUUCUGAAGAACUUCAUUGCGAAGAUCCAGGAUUUAAUAUGGAUUGUGAUUACAUUCCAUCCAACAAAUCUAACAUUCAAGAUGAGCUAGUUAAUGCGACAAAAAGGAACAAAAAAAGAAGACAAUCCAAAUUUGCUGCUGCAGUUGCCAAGAAAAAACCAUUAUUCGAUCCGAAAAAUAAAUCUUUUGAAAAAUAUGUUGAUGAGUAUUACUCGUUAGAUUAUGAAGAUCUGAUUGGGGAUAUGCCUUGCAGGUUCAAAUACAGAAAAGUUGUUCCUAAUGAUUUUGGGCUUAGUGUUGAAGAAAUUUUAGCAGCUCCAGAUAAAGAAUUGAAUAGUUGGGUGUCAGUAAAAAAAAUCAUGCAAAGAAGACCGGAAAAUGUAGAAUUAUAUGAUGUACAAGCAUACAAAAAGAAAGGGCAAAAUAUUAGAAAAAAACAAAAGUGUUUACCUUCUUUAUAUAAUGAUAGUGAAAAAACAGAUGACAAAACUUCAGAUGAUAAAUCAAAUUUGUCUAAUAAUUUUGAAGAUAAUUCAAAUUUCCACAAGGAUAAUAUUAGUAAGGGAAGAAAUGAUAGCAAAAAACAAGAGGGAGCAUUUGAAUCUUUCAAAUCUAAGUCCAAGAAUAAUAAUAGUAAUAGUAAUUUUAAAAGAAGUAAAGUUUCAAAACAGAAUGAAAAGAACAAUAGUGCUGAAAAUAAUUUGAAUGAUAUUUCGGAUUCAAGAUUAAUGUCCUACGGAAUUAAUCCUAAAAAAUUCAGAAAUAAAUUGAAAUAUGGAUCAGGGAAAAAAAAAGAUUCUUCUUCGUAA